AUUAACAACAAAACUACCUCUGCUACAAAAUGAACACCAACACCCACACAACCACGACGACCUCAGGUCAUGCCAUGGGCCCCACGACAGGUAAUCCUCUGGGCACCACGACCACAGGUUAUACAACCACCGGCCAUAGCGACGAAAGUAUGAUGGAUAAGGUUGGCAGCAAGGCCAAGGAAUUGGCUCACACUGCCAAAGAAAAGGCGGAAAAUGCUGCCGAUGCCGUCAAGGACACUGCUUACAACAUGAAGGAGAAGGCAAAGGACAUGAUGGGUGAUGCUAAAGACACAACCAAAUAUCACAUGGACACAGCCGAUCAGAAGUGUCAUGAAUGCGCAAAUGAUGCUAGUCAUAAGAUGCACCAUGCCCAAAACGUCGCAGCUGAAAAACUGCACAGAGCCGGUGACAACCUUCAAGACCAUUAA